CUCGUGAGUGUUCCGUUUCUCUUAUUAAGAAAUGGCAAUGGUAAGGAUGAACUUGUAACGGGAAGACACAAGCCAACAUACUACACAACCAUGACGAAACCCUUUAAGAGAAACGCGUUAUUAACGCCCUGGGGUUAAACAACGACCUUAAUCGAAUUUAUCUCUCUCUCUCUCUCUCUCUCUUUCUCUCUUUCUCUCUUACUCUAUCACUUGUCUUCUAUUCAUUCACUUAUAUGUUGUGUAAUAUUUGACAAUAUUAGUGAGACUGGAUAUUCCAUAGCAUUCGAUUUGAUUACUACGUUGAUUUGAAAUACUCAAAUUGAAAGAAAGAGAGAAAUAACGAUCGAUAGUGAUAGAUAAAGAGAAAGAAAGAAAGGAAGAGAGAAAUUAGACGUGUUUCGAUUUACAAAGCUGUCGGUGGUAGUAAAAAACUAUAAAAUGUUACAACAGUAACAGCAACAAUACUAACAACAACAACAACAACAACAACAAAACGGUGGCUUCCAAGGAAACGCCUAGUCGUAUCGCAAAGUAAAAUGUUCUUCCGUUUCCGCGAUUGGCUCACUAAUAAUACUCAUGCAACACGGUUUACAGCCUUGUUCUGGAAUAUUUCCCUUCUUCGACAAACGGCUGGUUGCCUUUUGUGUAGCACCGUGAGAACUACUUUGCCAAGUCGAAACAGAAUAGCCUUCGAGCGGGGCGAAUUUCGAGUGAACUGUAAUAUCUAUUCUGUUUGAAGUAAGACAGUAAAGAAAAGAGAGAGAGAGAGAGAGUAAGAGUGAGAGAGUGAGUGACACAUAACACACACAAAUAUAUAUGUGUGUUAUAUUUACAUAUAAACGUACGUGUAAUCACAUACGUUCUUACUUACUUACUUACUUAUUUACUUAUUUACUUAUUUACUUACUUACUCGAUCUUACGUAUUUACGUGUUAUAUCAGUGAACACGAGUUACACAGGGUGAUAGAGGACAAAAAGGGAAAUAAAAUUUCUUUUAGAAGCUUCUCUCUUCCUCUCAAUAUUAUAACAUAAAACAUUAUAUAAGUGAUUAAAACGUGUUUGUGCUUAACCUGACAUAAAACAAAAAUCCACGUGUAUAAUAUUUCAUUGAAGGAAUAUAAUUGUUCUAUAAUCUAACUAUAACUAUAUCUAACUACUAUCUAUUAUAUCUGGGGCUUUCUCGAUCAUUGGUAGCCAGCCGAAUUCUCUAAACUCGGGGAUGGAAGUCGGAGUAUGUCUCACCUAAUUCCAUCGUCAAAGUCAACUAGAAACGUUUCGCGUGUUCGGAAGACGACGACUACGACGACAACGACAACGACAACGUUGAUAACUCGCGUUCUUGACGUUACAACCGAUGACGAUAAUAAUGUAAGAUACGAAUCGGUAUUGACAAGUUUUAUUCUAUAUAACUGAAGGAAAAUUCUUUCUCAAGGAAGAAAUAAGAGAAGAGAAGAGUAGAGAACGGAAGAAGAAGAAGGGAAGAAGGGCUUUUGGCGAGGAGAAAAAUACGAAACGUUGAAGUAUAUACUGUUAAGGGGCCAGGAAAUAUAUAGUAUAUAUAUAUAUACUAUCCAAGUCUGGAAGGUUUUAUCGUCGCGUACGUCUUUUCGUGUUCAUUCGACGAAGAAGGAAAACUGACCUAUUCGCCCAAGAAUCCUCAUCGAAAGUAUUAUAUCAUUGAGAGAAGAAGAUAAGAUACCGAAAGAAGAGAAGAAAGGAAAGGGAAGAAAAGAAAGGAAGGAAGGGAUUAUAAUUGAAACGAAAAAUAUAGAUCAUAUUUUGUUCCUUCCAUUUUUCUUUUUUUACUUUAACGAACAACGAUAUCACAUACUAGCUUACUAUCUGCGAAUUGCAUUUGGUGCUUGACAAAAAGGGAGAUAAAGAAAAAGAUUUUAAACAAAAAUAAAAAGAAAAAAGAAUUACAAACAUAAAUAGAAAAAAACAGAGAAAUAGAAAGAAAGAGAAAGAUAGAUAGAAAAGGUGACACCCAAGCGUAUCAUAAACGUUUCGUAUUUCAAAAAUAAUACUUACGUGUACGUAGUAGUAAUAGUAGUAGUAGUAAUAGUAGCACCUGUUAUUGUUGUUGUUGUUGUUGUUGGUUGGUUGGUUGGUUGGUUGGUUGGUUGGUUGUUUGUUACCACGUUCUGAGAACAGAACCUUCGGGAUAUUAAAGUAUAUUACGUUUGUGAAUGUGCGCAAGUGAGUUGGUGGUGUGGUUGUGGUUGUUAUUGUGGUGAUAGUGUGAGUGUUGGUAGUGGUGGUGGUGGUGGUGGUUCGUGCAGAAGGAGAAAAAGACGAGCUUGAAAAACAUGGUACACGAAGGCACCGGUUUAUGGCAUGCUGCUGGAUUCAAUGUGUCGAGGUGGCUGAUGGUUAUAAUACAUGGCUAUCGGGUUACCAGUCUCAUCCUGUCUAUCCUACUUAACGUGUUGGUACCUACUGAGUACCACACGAGCACGGUUACAGCCGAGAUAGUCUCUGGCAACGUGAACACUUUGGAUUCGUCUACGAGUCCAACUACGACAACUACUACGACGACUACUACGACUACGGCAAGGGGAACGUCAACGGCAACGACAACUACGACGAAUCCAACGAGAACGAGGAGUCCAACUACUACGACGACUACUACGACGAUGCUUAGACCAUUGGACGACGAGUUACAUCCCACCCUACCAAUGACCUUUGCUACCGAGAACUCAACGACGAUCUCUGCGCAAUCCGGUUCCACAGCUUUGCUACCCUGCGUUGUUCACAAUCUUGGCGACGGAGUGGUGUCAUGGAUCAAACGUAAGACUGUACAGGAAUUACUGACGGUUGGCAUGAUAACGUACGCCAACGAUGAACGAUUUCAAGCGAUACAUUUUCAUCACAGCGAAGAUUGGACAUUGCAAAUAAAAUACGUACAGGGAAGGGAUGCUGGACUUUACCAAUGUCAGGUCUCAACUCAUCCACCUACGAGUAUAUUUUUAUAUCUCGAAGUUGUCGAAGCCAGAGCUGAGAUAAGCGGACCCCCGGAGAAAUACGUGAGGCCCGGAAGUACUCUUCAACUUCACUGCAUCGUCAGGAAGUCAACGGAAACACCAUCUUAUCUAUUCUGGUACCACAACUAUCGAAUGAUCAACUACGACAUAGAACGUGGCGUCAAUGUCAGCACCGAUCUGAUAGCACGGGAAAGUUGGCUCGAGGUACCACGUGCAUCUGAUCGACAUUCGGGCAACUACACCUGUGAAACCAGCAACGCAUUACCUGCACGUGUACUUGUCCUUGUCAUCAAGGGCGACAAUCCGGCUGCAAUGCAACACAGUUUUGCAACACUUUCGUCCACCUUUUCUCAUAAAUUACAUUAUUUCAUUAUAUCUCACAUUUUUAUCAUUAUCUUAUCAUAAAUAAUAAAUUAGUCGUUAGGAAAUGUUCACGGGAGUUAGCAAAAAUUAUUGUUUUCCAAAUGAUUGAAUAUUAUUUGUCAAUUAAUAAAUUUAUUUUUAUCUUUAUACUUUCUAUUUAUCAUUGUUACUUCAAUAUUUGUAUUAUCUAAUUUCAAACAGUAAUUUUGCUAACAUUACCGAACUAUUUAUAUUAUAUACGGUGUAUUAUUAACACUAAACGUACCACAAAUCAAAUGACCGGUUAUUCAUGAAUUUUAAUUUUCUCCGUUAUAUCGAAUAUUAUAUUACCUUCUGAUCAACAAAUACCCGGUCAUUUGAUCGAUUUCAAUUAAAUUAUAAAUAAGAAUUACAUAUAAGAUGUUAAUAGGUUUAGCGUUAAUUAACUGUGACAUGAAGAAAUUUGAAGAAGUUUCAAACGAAAAUUAUAUGGUGGGUAUUCGAUUAAAUCUAAAUAAACUUUUUCGAGUGGAAACAAAAAAAAAGAAAUGGUGAAAUAUCGAAAAAGGAAACUUGGGGGAAUAGGAAACGUUGUGGAGUUUGUGAGAAUCAUACGUGCGUGUGGUGCAUACCACUCACUGGAUGAUGAUGAUGAUGGUGAGCACACAGAUGGAAGAAUUAUCUAGCGAUCCGUCCCCGUAACAUUCGGUAUGAUUAAUGGUGAUGAUCUUGUCGCGAUCCUAGCUAGCUUUGUCAGUACGCAAGUCUCUUGGCUAGGUUCUAUGUCAUGAACCAUAUCGCAAUUUCCAUGAGAAGACACUCGGUGUAAUAUCACGUAAACGAUUUCAAUCCAAUCUAUAACUUACCUAACGAGUUUGGUUAUGGGGAAGGAAAUAUUACUACUAUAUGUAAUAACUUUGACUUUAGUCGAAUAAUAAGCUUUCAAUGUGUAUUUUCAAAAUACAUAAAAUGAAUAAGAAGAAAAAGAAAGCUGACAUUUUCGACGUUCACAUCGUUCAACAAUACUUUUACAACGAAUCCAGAAAAAAAGAAAAGAAUUUUAAAUUAACUCGAAA